AUGUACUCCAAGUUCUGGCCCAAAGGUGGCCUACCAGGCAUCCUACACCACUAUACCGAGACCCUGGUCACCUUUGAAUAUACCACCGCCGCAGCCAAAAAGCCCCACAGCCUGGUCUUCAUCGGUGGGCUCGGAGACGGACUGGCAACGACUUCUUACAUGGCGGACCUGGCUAAGGCCUUGCUCCCUACGCAGUGGUCCCUGUUUAUUCUCAAUACAACAUCAUCGUACCAAUCGUGGGGUCUAGGGCAUCUCGAUCGGGAUACUAACGAGAUCGCCCAAUGCAUUCGGUACAUCAAAGAUUAUAAAACGGAGAACUUUGGCGACGGGAAGAUUGUGCUGAUGGGCCACUCUACGGGUAGCCAAUGUGUCCUACACUACCUGUACCGACCGAACCCAUUUACAAGCCGAUCAGCCUUCGACUCUUCUCUUGAACACGUGGAUCGCCUUCCACUUGAUGGAGCGAUCAUGCAGGCCCCAGUGUCUGAUCGGGAGGCCAUACAACUGUGCAUCCAGCAUGGAUUCGGUAGUAAAUCUCCGGGUGAGAUGCGAAGUAUAUGCGAUCAGAUGGAAGCUAUCUCAAGAGAGGCGGUCAAAACGCAGGGUAUCUAUGAUACACUACUUCCUCUGGAGUUGACUUCUGCAAUUUACCCAUCCAAUACGCCGAUAAGCUGUCGUCGAUUCCUGAGCCUUUAUAGCCCGGAUAGCCCGCAGACGCCCUCAGAGGAAGAUCUUUUCAGCGCAGAUCUCAGCGAUGAGCAGUUAUCGAAGACUUUCGGUAUGAUCCAGCAGCAGGGACUGCUGAGAUAUAGAUUGAUGGUUCUUUACUCCGGAGCGGACCAAGCUGUGCCCGCUGCGGUAAAUAAAGAAACCAAUCUAUCGAGGUGGAAGGACGCAACGGAUCAUAGUGGCAAGUUCAAAAUCUGGGAUGAAGAUCACACUGCCAUUAUACCAAAUGCUUCUCAUGCUUUGAGCAAUGAUGACCAAGCCAAGCCACGCGAAUUUCUAGUCGAGAGAGUUCUUGGAUAUCUACAGUCAGCUGCCAGCAUCUAA